UAGUAGACCCAACCAAAUCUCAUUUCCUUGCACAGACACACACAACACUACAACAGAAAAUGUCGAGGAGCCGGACCAUCUAGAACUCUGCAGCUUCACCUACUCGCUCCUUAUCUCACACAAGGGUUUAAGAUAUCUGCCCGCUUCUUGCAAACAGAGCAUUUUCUUCAUUCUCAGCAGCUCUACUAAACCUUUGCUCAUUUUCUUUCUCCAUCUUUGUUUGACCUCUAUCAUGGCUUCCACUUUCGUCACUCUACCAAACCCUUUGCUAUGCAAACCCAAUACUGCUUCUCUGUCGAACCAGAAGCUACUGCCAGGUCUGCGAAGAAACUCUUUGAGAGUUAACGCAAUUUCCAAGAAAUGGGAACCCACCAAGGUGGUUCCACAAGCUGACAGAGUGCUUAUUCGUCUUGAGGAACUCGCCGAGGUAUGCGGGUUUUUAGUCAUGUCAAUUGAGUUUGAGAGUCUGGAUUGGUAACUUUUUAUGUGAUUCUGUUUCAUUAUUGUGAAUCCCAAAUAUCUAGGUCAAUGACCAUUUAGUUGAGUGUUUGAGCUUUUGGAAUGUGAACCUUGUGAAUAUCCAUAGGGUUGCCAAAUGGCUUUAGUUGCUAGCAAAUUGAAUUUUAAAUUGCUGAAUGAAUCUUGAGCUCUGGUGGGUUUGAGUUCAACUACAGUUCUUGAAUGCCAUCAAGGAUUUGAGCUUGAACUCUAAUGGUUUGAGAAGUCAUUAAUUUUGAUUGGCUUGCCUUAGCAAGGACUCAGAGUAGUGGCAAUUUGAGUUAUAUUGCCCAUUGCGUGUUUAUGCUGGCUGUGUCUCUGUUAGGUGGGCAAU